AACGUAUUUCCCCUUCCGCCUCCUCUUCUAUUUCCGGUCGUCGCGGACUCCUCGCUGAUUCUGUCUUCCGUGUGGUCCUUGGGAGGCAGCGGUAGUCAUGGCGAUGUUUGAACAGAUGAGAGCGAACGUGGGCAAGUUGCUCAAGGGUAUCGACAGGUACAAUCCUGAGAACCUGGCCACCCUGGAGCGCUAUGUAGAGACACAGGCCAAGGAGAAUGCUUAUGAUCUAGAAGCCAAUUUAGCUGUCUUGAAGCUGUACCAGUUCAACCCAGCCUUCUUUCAGACCACGGUCACUGCCCAGAUCCUGCUGAAGGCCCUCACCAACCUGCCCCACACUGACUUCACCCUGUGCAAGUGCAUGAUCGACCAGGCCCACCAAGAAGAGCGGCCGAUCCGACAGAUUCUGUACCUCGGAGACUUGCUGGAGACAUGCCACUUCCAAGCCUUCUGGCAAGCCUUGGAUGAAAACAUGGACCUAUUAGAAGGUAUCACUGGCUUUGAAGACUCUGUCCGAAAAUUUAUCUGCCAUGUCGUGGGUAUCACUUAUCAGCACAUUGACCGUUGGCUACUGGCCGAGAUGCUCGGGGACCUGACAGACAGCCAGCUAAAGGUGUGGAUGAGCAAGUACGGCUGGAGCGCUGAUGAAUCGGGCCAGAUCUUCAUCUGCAGCCAGGAAGAGAGCAUUAAGCCCAAGAACAUCGUGGAGAAAAUCGACUUUGACAGUGUGUCCAGCAUCAUGGCUUCCUCCCAGUAACUUUGCAGGCGUGUAAUAAAGAUUUGUUGAAGGUUUCUUA